CACAUUGUUCCUGCGCGGUUCAGUCUGUUUCAUAUAGUAAUGAAUGAAGUUUUUACUUAAAUAGGAACUGUUGUUACACAAGUUGGCACAGAGAGAAACAGAGUGACUGCGACGUUAGUUUCUGCGCAAUAUAAUAUAAUAUAACGUAACCACUUCAUCUUAUUUGAGAUUAAAUACGAGCACCUGUUGAUAAAAUCAGAGCUUCCCAACUGAGUGAAAGAUGGCUGGAAUUCUGUUUGAAGAUAUCUUUGAUGUAAAAGACAUCGAUCCAGAUGGCAAGAAGUUUGACAGAGUGUCUCGUCUACAUUGUGAAAGUGAGUCUUUCAAGAUGGACCUCAUCUUAGAUGUGAACAUUCAGAUCUAUCCUGUGGAUCUCGGCGACAAGUUCAGACUGGUCAUUGCCAGCACGUUAUAUGAAGAUGGAACACCAGAUGACGGGGAGUACAAUCCUCAGGAUGACAGGCCGUCCAGAGCGGACCAAUUUGACUAUGUGAUGUACGGGAAGGUUUACAAGAUUGAGGGUGAUGAGACUUCAACAGAAGCAGCCACACGCCUCUCUGCCUAUGUGUCUUAUGGUGGCCUCCUCAUGAGGCUGCAGGGAGAUGCCAACAACCUUCACGGCUUUGAGGUGGACUCCAGGGUUUACCUCCUCAUGAAGAAACUGGCCUUCUAAAACCCAACUCUGCUCGCCCACGUACCUCGGUUCUUCCACUGCCACAGUCAACCUUAAGGUCUUACUGAACUGCAUACUGAAAACAUCAAUAUUCUCACGUCUGGAGUACAUGACCAUUUCUAAGAACUACUCACAGACAGAAUACAUGGAGGUUGUAGAAAACAUAUUUUAAUUUUUAUUUUCAUAGCACAAAUUGUUUCCUCCAAGGAGAUGGACAAUAGACUGAAGACUGUGACACUUAAGAACCGUUGCAACCUCCAUCUACUGGCAAACUGUAAAUAAAGAUUUUUUUAUACAUUA